AUGACCCCGCCCCCGCGCACCUGGCCCCUCCCCGCCGUCGGGAGCGCGGCGAGGCCAGUGGAGGCGUGGGACAAGCGUGUCCGCGCCGACGUGCAUGCAGUGGCUGGGCGGCCUGGCGCGGUUAGCGCCUGCUCUCCGGACCACAGAUGUGAGCGCAGGCACACGCUUCUACUGUGGGCAUCCUUGGAGGUGUGGGUGGGCAUGAGGGUCUGCAUGCAUGCCCACUCCAAGCCUAAAGUCAGGGUCCUCGGAGCCAACCCUGACCCCUGUGAGGUGGGGGUGCUGGAACUUGGGGUAGCAGCUCCCUGGCAUGUGCCCCACCCCCACGCUGUCCUCCGUCAGGCAGCCUCCCCAGACCAGGAGGGCUUCUUCAACCUGCUGAGCCACGUGCAGAGCGGCCGCAUGGAGGAGCAGCGCUGCCCGCUGCAGACGGGGCCGGACCAGGCUCCCCAGACUGAGGGCGGUCCUGCGCCUGAGAUGGACAGCUUCAUGGACAUGGUGGCCAGCACCCAAGGCCGCCGCAUGGAUGACCAGCGCGUGAUGGUCAAUGCCAUGCCUGGCUUCCAGCCCCUGGGGCCCAAGGAAGGGGCACAGAAACGAGUCGGCACACACAGCCCUCAACCCCUCCUCACCCCACAGGACCCAACUGCUCUCAGCUUCCGACGGAACAGCAGCCCCCAGCCCCAGACACAAGCCCCUUGA